CUUUUCAACUUUUGAAGAUGAUCGUUUUUAGCAUCACCCACCGACUGGAUUAACUGGAUCAUCAUAUUUUGCAGCUUGAUUAUUAUGUUUUUGACAAUUAUUCUUCAAUUAUACGUUUAUGAUCCUGUUUUGUUUAUGAUUUCUAUACUGUUUGUUUGUAGCUACUGGCGUCAAUCACAGUAAUAGUAACCGAUCUUGGUGAAACAGGUGGUGAUGGUUGUUUAGGUUACUGAUUAUGGGUAGUAGAGGACAAAAAAGAACAGAUUUUGUUGAGGAUAUGCCUGCUGAUAAACGUGCUUGUAGUUCAUUGGAGUUUAAACCAAGUUCAUCAAAUUCGAUGCCAGUUGAGAAUCCUGUAGUACCCCCACCACCAGUGAACAGUGUAAAUUCGAUGCCUGAAGUUAUAGAUGGGGGGAUGGAUAGUUCAUCGCUUUCUGCCUCUGGAAGAUCAGAGAGUGAUACUGAUACUUAUGGGUCUUGUGAUUCGGAUGGAGAACCUGUUCAUCAAAAUAUAAGAGGUUACAGGCCAGCAGCUAUUGCCGAAAAUAGGAAAUUUCAAAGAAUUUUAUCUUGUUUGGGUGAGGAGGGUGAUAAAUCUGGAGCAAUGGUUGUUCUUACUGAACUGUGUGAACUGUUAUCCUUUUCUCCUGAUGGGUCUUUGUCGAGUUUAAUUGUAGAACCCUUGUCUCCAAUUCUUGUGAAUUUGGCUAAGAAUGAAACAAACCCUGAAAUCAUGCUUCUAUCUAUAAGGGCUAUGACUUAUUUGUGUGAUGUGCAUCCUCGAUCCUCAAGUUUUCUUGUUCAGCAUGAUGCGGUUCCUGCCCUUUGUCAAAGAUUAAUGGCUAUUGAGUAUCUUGAUGUAGCUGAGCAAUGCUGUGAAGCCUUACAAAAGAUCUCAUACGGACAACCGCUUGCCUGCUUACAAUCAGGGGCCAUCAUGGCUGUUUUAAGUUUCAUUGAUUUUUUCUCUAGAAGUGUGCAGAGAGUUGCAGUUUCAACUGUGGUUAACAUAUGUAAGAGGCUUCCUUCUGAAUCCCUUUCAUCAGUGACUGAGGCGGUUCCAGUUCUAUGUAACCUUCUUCAAUAUGAUGAUCACCAGAUUGUGGAGAAUGUCGUCACAUGCUUGAUAAAAAUAACAGAAAGGGCACAAAAAUCUGUGGACAUGCUCAAUGAGCUCUGUGAAUUUGGGGUGAUUCAUCAAACCACGCAUCUUAUAGGCUUGUCAUGCAAAAUCGCCUUAUCUAUGCCAAUUUACUCUGGGCUUGUUGGAGUUUAUGUUAAACUUGCUUCUGGUUCAAUUAGAGCUGUUCGGUCUCUUUUUGAUCACGACAUCAUUGCCAUGGUCAAAGACAUCUUCUCUUCGUUUGAUCUUUCACAUUCAAUAGCCUCUUCUCAUGUGACUGAGGGAUUUAGCGGUCAGCCUCACAUUCAUGAAGUUUUGAAGUUGCUUGAUGUGCUUCUCCCUGCUCAGAGGGGAAAUCAAAAUAUUGAAUUAAACCUGGAAAAGCAAGCCUUUCUGAAUGAUCAUCCUGAUCUUUUCCAAAAGUUCAAGAAAGAAAUUUUACCUAUCCUUAUGCAGGUGGUUAAUUCUGGUGCCAGUGUACAUGUUUGCCAUGGCAGUCUACACGUUAUCAAUAAGUUCGUUUAUUUCAGCGAACCUGAAAUGCUAGACGAAUUGCUAAGGGGCACUAACAUUUCAAGCUUCUUAGCUGGAGUUCUCACUCGGAAGGAUCGCCAUAUUCAAAUCCUAGCCUUGCAGAUUGUCGAUAUUCUCCUGCAAAAGCUCUCUGAUGUUUUCCUGAAUCCCUUUGUGAAGGAAGGCGUCUCUUUUGCAAUUGAUUCACUUCUAAUUCCAGAUAAGCGGUUGCAGUCUGUAAUUCCCGUAAAUAGUGGCAUUCAGAUGCCAAAAGGUUCAAGUAAAACAAUUUCUCCCAGAAGUGUCGUCAGAUGCUUAUGCUAUGCUUUUCAUCCUUCUCUGGCUUCAGAGGGUGAUACAUGCGAGAUAAACGAGAGUUCAAUUCCCAGUCUGGCUGAACUUAUUAAGAAGAAAUAUUUUGCUACUUUAUUGAAUGAUGUCAAGGGAACUGAUGUCCUGUGUGACCUCAAAGCUCUAGCUGCUUCUUUAAAUAAUCUGAACAUCUUGUCUUUGAAUGAGCAGAAGUUCCAAAUCAUGUGCCAAAUUAUGGAAAAGCUUAUUGGUGGAGAAUCAGCUUCUACCUUUGAGUUCAUCGAAAGUGGAAUUGUUAGCUCGUUAGUAACUUACUUAUCAUGCAACCAAAGUACAGAAGGGUCUAGUCAAAUCAAUCAUGUUGAGAAAAGAUUUGAGGAGUUUGGCAGCCUCUUCUUACCUUCUGAGGACAAGGAACAGAUUCCUUUGUCUGUUAUCGUUGAGAAACUGCAGAUUGCGUUAUCUUCGGUUGAAAACUGUCAUGUUUUCCUGAAUCACGGACAGAGGUUAAGGCAUUCGUACGCUAGUUUUCCAAAUGGAAUGUGCAAGCCUUAUCCUUGUCUAACCGUUCAGUUCAUUAGAGAAGAAGGGGAGACAAGUCUAUCUGAUUAUUCUGAUUCUGUCCAGACUGUUGACCCGUUUGUUUCUCUGAAUUCUAUUGGAUGGGACUUAUUGCCAAAAGUUAUAUUGCACGUAAAUAAAGAGGGGGAAAAACACGAUGCAGAUCAUUUGGAAAUUCAGGAGUCUUUAGAGAACAACAAUGAACAGUACAAUCCUUCAAAAUCUUUCGAAGAGAAUAGAGACAGCACAUCAGGAUUGGUGUUUUACCUUGAUGAAACCCAGAUGGACCUAGGACUGUCAUUAUAUCAAAAUAUUAUAUUAGUCAACAAUGAAGAAGAAAUUGACGGCUCCAGGAAUCUGUGGAGUCAAUUACACAAAAUUACCUAUAGAAGACAACGUAAACAAAAUUAUCAAACAGAUGUCAUUCAUUCAGAGAAUAAAGAUAGGACGUGUUGGCAUCAACCAUUUUUCUUCUCCAAUAUCCUAUCAUCUGCUGUUAUCAACUUAGAUGAUCCGUCUGUUUGCGAUAUAUUAGUUGUCCUCAAAAGCUUGGAAGGCAUAAAUAGAUCAAUGUUUCAUCUCGCGUCUCAUAAGAAGUUACACGACUUUGCCAGAGGGAGAACUGACAACUUGGAUACUUUGAGGGCAGUUAUUUCUUCUAUCCCUAUGAAAGAAUUUGUGAAUGUUAAAUUGAACGAGAAACUAGAACAGCAAAUGCGGGAUUCUCUGGCUGUAUCUGUCGGUAGCUUUCCAUGUUGGUGCCUCUGGUUAAUGGAAUCAUGUCCUUUUGUAUUUGGUUUUGAUGUGAAAUCUAAGUACUUUAGAUUGGCAGCUUUUAGUCAACCGCUAAAUCAGCCUCAACAGCCCUCAUCUAACUCUGAUUCAAGAAGAUUAGUUGGAAGGGUACCUAAGAAGAAGUUUCUGGUAUGCAGAGACCGAAUUCUUGACUCUGCCACUAAGAUGAUGGAUCUUCAUGCUCGCCAAAAGGGUGUUGUGGAAAUUGAAUACAACCAAGAAAUAGGAACUGGUUUAGGUCCCACUUUGGAAUUCUUCACACUGGUCAGUCAUGAAUUUCAGUUAUCUGCACUUGGGAUGUGGAGAGAUGACUAUAUCACAAACCCAACUGAUGGAGAUUCUAGAACACUCGUUUCUUCAUGUGGCCUUUUCCCUCGUCCGAUGUCUUCUUGUUCUAAAACAGAGGUAGAAUUUUCGGAUGUGAUCAAGAAGUUUGUCCUUUUGGGACAGUUUGUAGCUAAGGCUCUCCAUGAUGGGAGGGUUUUCGAUAUACCAUUUUCCAAAGCCUUCUAUAAGCUUAUUCUUGGCCAGGAACUUACUUUGUAUGACAUCCACUUGUUUGAUCCCGAGCUUGGUAGAUCUCUACUAGAGUUUCUUGCCAUAGUUGAAAGACAUAAAUAUCUGAAGUCCAUUAAUGGGGAAGAAUUUGUGGUAGAAGAUAUCUCAUGCUUUCGGGGUACAAGAAUUGAGGAUCUUUGCCUCGAUUUUACACUCCCGGGAUAUCCUAACCAUUUUCUUUCGUCUGCAUCUGAUUCUCCUAAACUGGUAAAUCUGUCGAAUCUGGAGGAGUAUGUUAAUCUUGUUGUGGAAGCGACAAUUGGUGAUGGAAUUUCGAAGCAAAUAGAAGCAUUCAAAUCCGGUUUUAACCAGGUUUUCCUUAUUAAGCAUCUUCGGAUUUUCACAGAAGAGGAAUUAGAGCAUCUAUUAUGUGGAGAACGUAGACAAUGGACUAAAAAUGAGUUACUGGAUAAUAUCAAGUUUGAUCAUGGUUAUACAGCAACUAGUCCUACCAUUAUCAAUCUGCUAGAAAUCAUACAAGAGUUUGAUCAAGAACAGCAAAGACAUUUUCUGCAGUUUGUAACAGGAGCACCGCGGUUACCUUCUGGAGGGUUGGCAUCUUUGAAUCCAAAGCUAACCAUUGUUUGCAAGAACUCUGGAGGUUGCAUUGAUGAUGGGGUUCUUCCUAGUGUGAUGACUUGUGCCAAUUACUUAAAGCUCCCUCCUUACUCUACAAAAGAAAUUUUGCGGGAAAAACUUUUAUAUGCAAUAAUCGAAGGACAAGGAUCGUUCCAUCUUUCUUAGUGUUUUAUUUAUUUAUUUAUUAUUUAUUUGUUUUUUUCUACGUAUUAACUUAUGAAAGAUUGGCAUUAAGGUAGGUUGCAGUGUGUAAAUAACUUGUUAAUAUUUUAGUUAUAAAGCUUUUUUUGGUAGGGAAAGAUAGCAUUAUUGCAAGUUGAAAAUGGUUUUUAUUUUUUUA